AUGUCUCUAGUGCGCACAUUCUACGAUCCAUUCACCGAGUUCGACAAGCUAUUUGACGAUGCUUUCAAUGCUCGUUUCCACCCCUCCCCUACCAUCGAGGGUAAUACUACUUUGACUCAUCGCCGUGAUCGGGCAUUCCCUAGAAUGGAUCUACAUGAGAACGCUGAGACCAAGACGGUCACGGCGACAUUUGAACUUCCUGGCAUGAAGCAACAGGAUGUCAAUGUCGAAGUCCAUGGAAAUCGCCUGACAAUAUCCGGAGAGUCGAAAUGCUCGGAUAAUUAUAACAAGGGCAGCUAUGUGGUGCAGGAGCGCUCUCAUGGCAAAUUCUCCAGGACCCUUCAAAUUCCUCAGGGAAUCAAGGCUGAGGAUGUCCACGCAAAGAUGGAGAAUGGAUUGCUUACUGUGUCCUUUUCGAAGGCUGGACCGGACCAGCAACCCCAGCGAAUUGCGAUCGUGUAA